CAUUUGUGGGUUAAUAUCCCCCACUCCACUCCAACCAGGGUUUAAUUGUUCCUCUUCUUCUUCUCUUUCCAGAAAACGACUCCACUCAACCAACCCUUUUAUUUCAUUUCUCUCUCUUUCUCUGCGACAUUUUCACAAACACCUUGCAGGCACCCAAAACCACCACACAAAUGAAGUACGUUUUGGUCACUGGAGGCGUCGUUAGCGGCCUCGGCAAAGGCGUCACCGCCAGUAGCAUUGGCGUCGUCCUCAAAGCCUGUGGCCUUCGCGUCACCUCAAUCAAAAUCGAUCCGUACUUGAACACGGAUGCCGGUACCAUGUCGCCUUUUGAACAUGGAGAGGUUUUUGUUCUUGAUGAUGGUGGAGAGGUCGAUCUGGAUCUCGGUAACUACGAACGGUUCUUGGAUGUGAGGCUUACGAGAGAUAAUAACAUUACUACUGGAAAGAUCUAUCAGUCGGUUCUUGAGAAGGAACGAAAAGGAGAUUACCUUGGAAAGACUGUGCAGGUAGUCCCGCACAUAACGGAUGCUAUUAAGGAUUGGAUUGAGUCUGUUUCUGCUAUUCCUGUGGAUGGGAAAGACGGGCCCGCAGAUGUGUGUGUCAUAGAGUUAGGAGGGACAGUUGGUGACAUUGAGUCUAUGCCCUUCAUAGAGGCUUUGCGGCAGUUGUUUUUCUCAACCGGACCAGAUAAUUUCUGCCUUAUUCAUGUUAGCCUUGUACCUGUGCUUGGUGUUGUUGGGGAACAGAAAACAAAACCUACACAACACAGUGUUCGAGAACUGCGAGCAUUAGGCCUAACGCCUCACUUCUUAGCAUGCCGGUCCGCACAGCCAUUGUUGGAAAAUACAAAGCAGAAACUCUCACAAUUCUGCCAUGUACCUGCUGCUAACAUUCUCAAUAUACAUGACGUUCCAAACAUUUGGCAUGUUCCUCUUUUACUUCGUAACCAAAAUGCUCAUGAGGCUAUCCUGAAACAGCUAGCACUAGUUCGUGUAGCCGGACCUCCGAAUUUACAAGAGUGGACUACUCGGGCCGAAACUUUUGACAAUCUCACUAACUCUGUUAGUUUUCAUCCCGAUUAUUCUCUUCUAUUACCACGUUUCGUUUCGCGUCUGACCAACGAUUAUUCCGUGCAGGUCAAGAUUGCAAUGGUGGGAAAAUACGUUGGCCUAACCGACUCUUAUUUGUCUGUCGUUAAGGCCCUUCUUCAUGCCUGCAUCGCGUGUUCGUUAAAACCUUCCAUUGAAUGGAUUGCUGCUUCGGAUCUCGAAGACGAAAGUGCUAAAUCGACACCAGAAGCUCAUUCAAAGGCCUGGGAGGCACUAAGGAACUCAGCAUGUGUUUUGGUUCCUGGUGGAUUCGGUGAUCGUGGUGUGAACGGAAUGAUACUUGCUGCUAAGUAUGCCCGAGAGAAUAAAGUUCCGUAUCUUGGCAUUUGCUUAGGCAUGCAGAUUUCGGUUAUUGAGAUUUCUAGAUCCAUCUUGGGCUGGAAAGGGGCAAAUAGUACUGAAUUUGAUGAGCAUGCACCAAAUCCCGUUGUGAUAUUCAUGCCAGAGGGUUCAAGAACACACAUGGGGAACACGAUGAGGCUUGGCUCUAGAAGAACUUUACUGCAGACUGCUGAUUGUAUAACUGCAAAACUGUAUCACAACCCAGAUCAUGUGGAUGAGCGACACCGUCAUCGUUACGAGGUGAAUCCCGAGGUGGUUGGAGAUUUAGAGAAAACCGGCUUACGAUUUGUGGGGAAGGAUGAAAGUCGUCAACGGAUGGAGAUUUUAGAGCUUCCGAGCCAUCCAUUCUAUGUGGGAGUGCAGUUUCAUCCUGAAUAUAAAUCGCGUCCUGGAAAGCCAUCGGCCCUAUUUUUAGGUCUUAUAUUAGCGGCAACAGGGCAGUUAGAAGCGUAUAUGAAGUCACAUCAGAAUGGAUCGAUUUAGUUACCUUCAAACUGUUCUCUGUGUUUUUGGAAAUUAGGAAUCUUUUAACUUUAGUUGCGGGAAGGGGAACCUGAAUAGAUGCAGUGGAGCGGUGCGGCAUUGUUUCAUGCGAAAUUUGAAUGUUGGUUACUUUUGGUGAAAAGUUUGUGUUGGGAAAUGACAUGGUACUUUGUUUCAAAUCCUGGAAAUUUUGUGUGCUUGGCAUCUUACUUUACAAAGAAAAGUUUGUUUUGAUA